AUGGUUGUCAGGUCACCUCACAUGGUUGUCAGGUCACCUCUCAUGGUUGUCAGGUCACCUCACAUGGUUGUCAGGUCACCUCUCAUGGUUGUCAGGUCACCUCUCAUGGUUGUCAGGUCACCUCACAUGGUUGUCAGGUCACCUCUCAUGGUUGUCAGGUCACCUCACAUGGUUGUCAGGUCACCUCUCAUGGUUGUCAGGUCACCUCUAAUGGUUGUCAGGUCACCUCACAUGGUUGUCAGGUCACCUCUCAUGGUUGUCAGGUCACCUCUCAUGGUUGUCAGGUCACCUCUCAUGGUUGUCAGGUCACCUCACAUGGUUGUCAGGUCACCUCUCAUGGUUGUCAGGUCACCUCUCAUGGUUGUCAGGUCACCUCUCAUGGUUGUCAGGUCACCUCUCAUGGUUGUCAGGUCACCUCUCAUGGUUGUCAGGUCACCUCUCAUGGUUGUCAGGUCACCUCACAUGGUUGUCAGGUCACCUCUCAUGGUUGUCAGGUCACCUCUCAUGGUUGUCAGGUCACCUCUCAUGGUUGUCAGGUCACCUCACAUGGUUGUCAGGUCACCUCACAUGGUUGUCAGGUCACCUCAAAUGGUUGUCAGGUCACCUCUCAUGGUUGUCAGGUCACCUCUCAUGGUUGUCAGGUCACCUCUCAUGGUUGUCAGGUCACCUCACAUGGUUGUCAGGUCACCUCUCAUGGUUGUCAGGUCACCUCUCAUGGUUGUCAGGUCACCUCUCAUGGUUGUCAGGUCACCUCACAUGGUUGUCAGGUCACCUCUCAUGGUUGUCAGGUCACCUCUCAUGGUUGUCAGGUCACCUCACAUGGUUGUCAGGUCACCUCUCAUGGUUGUCAGGUCACCUCUCAUGGUUGUCAGGUCACCUCUCAUGGUUGUCAGGUCACCUUACAUGGUUGUCAGGUCACCUCUCAUGGUUGUCAGGUCACCUCACAUGGUUGUCAGGUCACCUCACAUGGUUGUCAGGUCACCUCACAUGGUUGUCAGGUCACCUCACAUGGUUGUCAGGUCACCUCUCAUGGAUGUCAGGUCACCUCACAUGGUUGUCUGGUCACCUCACAUGGUUGUCAGGUCACCUCACAUGGUUGUCAGGUCACCUCUCAUGGUUGUCAGGUCACCUCUCAUGGUUGUCAGGUCACCUCACAUGGUUGUCAGGUCACCUCUCAUGGUUGUCAGGUCACCUCUCAUGGUUGUCAGGUCACCUCACAUGGUUGUCAGGUCACCUCUCAUGGUUGUCAGGUCACCUCACAUGGUUGUCAGGUCACCUCUCAUGGAUGUCAAGUCACCUCUCAUGGUUGUCAGGUCACCUCUCAUGGUUGUCAGGUCACCUCACAUGGUUGUCAGGUCACCUCUCAUGGUUGUCAGGUCACCUCACAUGGUUGUCAGGUCACCUCUCAUGGAUGUCAAGUCACCUCUCAUGGUUGUCAGGUCACCUCUCAUGGUUGUCAGGUCACCUCACAUGGUUGUCAGGUCACCUCUCAUGGUUGUCAGGUCACCUCACAUGGUUGCCAGGUCACCUCACAUUUGUUCUUGUGUUUCACGUGACUUCUGGUAG